GGUCUGGUUCGUAUACCAUAACAGCAAUUGUUGUUGCUGGGCUUAUCGGCUAUGCAUACGUCAGGUGGAAGGGUUGGAAGAUUUCUGACAUGAUGUGGGUGACGAAGCGCGGUCUGGCUGAUGCCUGCGAUGUCGUGGGCAAACAGUUAGAUGAUGUUUCAAAUACAGUGCAGGUUACGAAGAAACAUCUAGCUGUUAGGAUCGACCGGGUCGAUGCUAAUCUAGACGAAACACAAGAAAUUAUCGAAGGGACAAGGGAUGAGGUCGCAGUGAUCCAUGUGGAUCUGAGCGCCUUUCAGAAGGAGCUCCAAGAAGUCAGCCGUACGGUUGAAAUAUGGGGGUCAAGGCUGUCUGGUAUCGAGGACACCCAGGAUCGUACAGUGCGUGCAACUGAAGCCUUAGUUGGGUUCAGCCAACAACUGGAACAUGGUGGCCAGAAUCCCAAUAUUCGUCAGGCAAGUCGGCGGCCCAGCUUAUGCAAUUCCUUAGUGGCAUGUUGGUUACAUGAUUAG